CCGCGGCCACUUUCGCCGUGCGGACAGACCCCCUAUGGCUGCCCCGUGUUACAUGCAGCAAAAUUGCGCAUGGUCACCACCUGCUGUCUGAAGCUGUGCAUCGCAUGUUUUUGCCGCACGCAUAUAUGCGCACAUAGCUGCAUUGUCUGUUUUAUUUGCACAUGCAACAUUUGCAUGCAUGGGCGCGUUUGUGUUUCGGAGUUAGAGCACAGCCUCCGGAUUUAUUAAUGGGGUCUGUUACGUAAGGAAAGGGGUUUCUGACGUAUGAGAGGUCUG